UGCUGCUCCCGGACAGAUGGUCAUAAAAUGGAUGGAGUAAUCGUUGCCUGUAUUUCGUCGUACAGGAGUCUACUGUACUCCGCUGUUUUCUACCCUUGAGACAAGUUGACGACUGAGGUCUCCUCCAUUCAUAUAGGCCGAGUUCCCUCCCAUGCGCUACACAGACAUACCGGUACUGCCAUCAAAUGCUAGACCUGGUGAUACUAUGGAGGUCUUCUUCGUCAAGGUGACUCAGAUCAGCGGCGACUUCCAAUGGCCCCUAGAUGUCCACGGCUUUGUCGCUGUUCGUGAUUCCCUAGACAAUAAGCGCAACUACCUCUUCCGUCGAGGCAGAUAUAAUUGCCAGACCCUCACCUCUCAGCUCAGGCAUGAUUCUCUUUUGGAACUUACAGGUCCUAGCCGUGCCAUCCUGCUGUGGGAUGAGCCUGUUUUUGAGAUUGACCUGAAAGUGAAGUACAAAGGGAGUUCAUCAUCUGAAGACGACAAGAUUUUAUGCUUGGAUUUCUUUGGGUACAAUAACAUUUGUUACAAAGGCAGUCUCAGUUACACCAGAACUGAGGUGGUUUCAAGCAAGCAUAGCACAGUGGAGGUCAGGUUUGCUCAUCUCAAACGUUCCGUGGAGGCAACCAUCAUGGCCCGCAUCAGCAAGGGAUCAGGCAACUUCAGUGCACGCCUCACUGCCUGCAACACGAGCAUUGGUGAGGACGUGGUGCUGCUGGACACCCGAGGCCAGGGGGUGUCUGUCGGCAAGGAUGGGGAGGUUACACUGCAGCGCCGUGUCGUCGUCGUGGAGGAGAAGGCUCAACUGGUCCUUGGGAUCAAGGCUGAACAGCUAGGUGACACUGCUGAGAGUAGCACCAUGGUUGAGAAGAAGUUUGGUUUUUAUGCCAAGUCAUCACUGAGAAAUGAAGGUUAUUUUCACAUUGGAUCCUCGAGCUUGCAUAUUCUGGUCGCAUGGUCACUUCUUCCUUAG